AUCUCAGCUGACGGGCGAAGCGAAUGUUUUGAUUCUCGUUAAUGUUUUGAAAUGUUAUUGUAUCGUUCUCAGAAUGUAUGCAGCUGCGACGGAGAGUUUAAUAAAGCAGGCAAGAGAAAUAAAGGAGGAAGAGCUGCAGAGGUUUUGCGGACGCGUUUAUAAACUGCUUCACAGUAAAGAUGUUAUUGGAGAGGCUGUGGAUUCUCUUCAGAGGCUCCAUUUGAUUGUUUCUGCCACUAAAUAUGCCAGAGAGCUUCCCUCAGAUCUGCUGAUGAAGCUGCAGACGCUUCUUCGUUCUUCAUCAUGCCCAGAGCAGCUUCAGUUUCUGUCAUCCUCCAUCAUCCGAGAGAGUUUUCCUCCCAGCGUGCACAGCCUCUGCUCAGAUCUCAGUCAGGACAGCAGGAUCUUCAGCUGUGUGGCCGCUGUUGUUCUCUCUCAGGCUGGAGGUAAAGAGGACAUGAUGCCGCUUUGCCACCACUUGAUGAAAAGUUUUGAGUCUCGGCUGUCUGACGGCCAGAUACCCAAACACGCACUUCCUAUUCUCUCCAGUAUGAUUACUGCUUAUCCAGAGAUUCUCACAGACGAUCAGGUGAAUCUGGUCAGCCGUAAGUUGGUGGAUUGGUUGCGUUAUGCCAGUAUGCAGCAGGGAGCCUCCAUGUCUUCUGGGGGAUUUUUCAGUGCACCAAGAACCCGUCAGCCAGCUCCACUGACAGAGGUGGACGGGGUGGUGACGGGGGAUUUCUUCACUGUGCUAUGUGUGGGUCAGAGCUACACUGAAGACCAGUGGAUGAACAUGUACGCUUUCUCCAUGAUCAAGAGCUGGCUGCUCACUUACGACACAGAGGGGACGACAAACACAGAAUCAGCUCUACUAAAAAGAGCACAGAUCAUUCAGUUACAGCACCAAGAUGACCGCUCUGAGGUGGACAGUUCAGUGAUGUCCAUGGUGUCGGCCACAUCUUCCUCCAGCAGACUCCUUCCUCCCAAAGAGAGACUCAGAGAGAAGGCUUUCGAGUACUGCCAGCGUCUCAUUGAACAGAGUGACCGCAAAGCUCUAAAGAGGACAGAUACAGAGCUACAGAAAGCUUGUAUUGUUGAGUCUGUAUCAAUAAUGGACAUCAUCUGUGGUGAGGAUCCUUCAUAUGUGUACCGUGCCUUUCCCUGCAUCAAAGCCCUGUAUGGCAGGCUGAAUGGAGACUUUGCCUAUGCUCGAACCCUGCUGCCUAUUGCUCAGUUCUACCUCAACCACAGUGAGACGGCCGCGGUGGAUUCGGAAGCUGUUUUCUGCCAACUCUUCGGCCACUGUCCCGCUGAGCAGUUCAAUGAGCCCAUGCUCGCGUUCGAGUUUGUCCAGUUUUGCCUUCUCAAUGCCAGCGUUCUGCAGGACAGAGUGGCCAACUACAGACAGAGCUUCCCAAAUCUCCUAAAGUUCUUAGCGUGGAACAGCUCAGGACUGAUUGCAGAGUUUGUGGAGCUGCUCCCAUCACUGAUAGCUCCAGAUACAGCCAUUGAGUUACUGCACACCAUCCUGGAUCUGCCCUGUUUAGCAGCGGCUCUGGACCUCCAGCAGAGAUCGUCGUGCUAUCAGGCUCCAGACCGUACCACAUGGGACCAGCAGGGGGCGAAAGUGGCAGCUUGUCUGGAGGCUUUCCGCCAGCCGUCCUAUAGAGGGCUCUUUCUCUACAUCCUCAGACCUGAAGCUGGCACUGGAGACACAAUAGACAGGCUAAAAGAGCUUCAUCAGAUUCUGGCUGAUAUGGUGGAUUGUCCACGGGUGGUUCAGUGCGCUCAGAUUGUUCCUGUGCUUCUUCAUGUCUACUUCAACACAGUAACAGAGAAAGCUGAUGAGAAGAUGAUGAACCAGCUGCUUCUGGUGUUACUGGAGAGAUGCAGCCUGCUCUACAACAUCAAAACAUUUCAUGUAGAGGUGCAAAGGGUGUUCAGCACUCACCUGCAGGCCCUGUGCAAACUUCACCCACUACUGAUUGUAGAUCAAUCCAGGGAGAUCCUAGAAUUCGCAGGUUCCCCGACCAACAUUUACAGUAAAGAAGACUUCUACACACAUGUGGUGUGGGUUAUUGGCGAGUAUCUGUCAGUGUCGUACGACCCGCGCUGCAGGGUGGAACUGAUCACCUCUUUCUUUGAGUGUUUGGAGGCUGUGCUGUUUGAGAUCACGCAGGUCCGACAGUCUGCCAGUCCACCCAGUUUCUCCCCGCGCCUCAUCACUGUGCUCAUGACCACACUCGCUAAACUGGCCACACGCAGUCAGGAUCUUAUUCCCAGAGCGUCACUCUUCCUGUCUAAGAUGCGAACGUUUGCGCGCAGUGCUCCAGUAACGGCCUGCUACAGCGAGGAGGACACUGAGGAGAUCAUCACACGCGCACACGAACUUAUUAACCUGCUUAAGUUGCCCAAUGUGGCUCAGUUUGUCCUGGCUCCUUCAGCUGGGGCCGACGGCCCUCGCUGGCACAGAGACACCAAUGCCUCGCUUCCACAGGCCAUGAGGGCAGUCAGCGGCCUCCUCCACAGACACUCCAGCUUCCUGCCCGCAUAAGCCAAUACCAGGAAAACCAUUUCGAAGUAACUGCGCAGAGAGGGGCCCUUUCUGAAGGACAUGAAGAUGGAGUCAGAGGAGAAAAACAGGCAAGCACUGCACUUCACUUCUGCCUGUCCAUCACUAAUAUAUAUAUAUAU